AUGCAUUUGACGGCAAACAGCGCAAGUGGCACAACAUCAAAUGGAGGAGUAAGCGGAAAUACUUCUACCAGUAACAAUACAACAACCAGCAAUGGAUCAUCAAAUACCAACUCAAAUUCUAAUAAUGCAAACAGUAGUAACAGCAACAACAAUACGUCAACAAAUAGCAGCAACAAUAAUCAACCACUGACACCUGAACAAAUUCUUCAGGAAACUUACACAAAAAUGACGUCAGAUAUUCUUGCUGAAAGAACGCUCGGGGAUUUUAUGUCAGAACAUCCAGGAGAGUUGAUAAGAACGGGAUCACCGCUAUUUGUUUGUACAGUUCUACCGUCACAUUGGCGAUCGAACAAAACUCUACCGGUAGCAUUUAAAGUUGUAGCUUUAGGAGAUAUUAAUGAUGGAACAAUGGUGACAGUUCGAGCAGGGAAUGAUGAAAAUUAUUGCGCUGAACUUCGAAAUAGUUCAGCGGUGAUGAAGAAUCAGAUUGCAAAGUUUAACGAUUUAAGAUUUGUGGGAAGAAGUGGACGAGGUAAAAGUUUCACGCUAACUAUCACGGUAUCAACAAGUCCACCACAAAUUACGACCUACAACAAAGCUAUUAAAGUCACCGUAGAUGGCCCAAGAGAACCUCGAUCGAAGACACGUCAACAGCAGCAAUUUCACUUUGCAUUUGGGCAACGGCCGUUCCACUUCCCUGCCGAUCCACUAGGUUUCCGGAUGCCACCGAUUGGGAAUUGCCAGACAGAUAUGUCACAGUUCGGUUUGAGUUCUGCAAAUUCAGCACAUUGGAGCUAUGGUUCAACUUCGGGUUAUCCACCAUAUUUGGCAAGUGGAGGUCUACCAGCUGCAUGUACAACACCGACGGCAGCACAAUUCAAUAAUCCAGCUUUAGGAUUUUCAUGUUCACCUUCAGAAACAACAUCAGGCGACUUCACGGGAACCAGAGAUUGUGUACCAAUGUUACCUGAUUCAACAGCAACUGACCUUGAUCAACAUUUAUCAAAUUUAGUUGGAACUCCACCAUCAACAGGUCAAAUGUCACAUCAAUCACUUAUGAAUUCUGGAUCAGUUGGAAGUAACGCAAACCAUUCAAGUUCUCUAACAACAAAUGGUUCAUCCAAUAAUUUAAUUGUGACGAGAUAUAAUCACGGUAACAAUGAUUAUAAUCUUCAUUCAAGUCAGAAUGGACCAAGAAGUUUAAGUGAUUCAUCACAAGCUGAAUCUCCUGUUCAAGAUGAUCUUCUUACAUCAAACACUCCGAAUCUUGGUGGUGUUAAUGGAAAUCAAAAUUUUGGUAUCAAUCAAAAUCAGAAUUCUUAUGGAAAUGGUGGUAACGGAUGUAAUGGUUCGAUCUAUCCAGUUUUACCAGCAAGUCUUCUUUACACUCAACUUUAUACAGCAGCAAAUCAAUCGCAUGGUUUCCAUUCACAUUCACUUCAAUCUCAUUCUUCACAGAAUUCGCUAAUGCAUGGUGAACUUCAAAGUGUCAUGGAUCACAUUGUGACGGGAACGGGAUCGCAUGGAAAUCGACAGCAACAUCAACAUCUUAUGGCUGGUAAUACAGAUUUGAGCUUGAUUGGGAAUUGUGGAACAGCUGCGAGAGUUGCUGACGAGACAAGUCGUCAGUUGAUUGGACAGCGUGGUCAACAGCCACAACAUGCACCUCCUGGCGCUGACAAUGCUUCUGUUUGGCGUCCUUAUUGAUCCGGUUUUCUUGUUUAAUCCACUUUAGUGAAAUUCUGUUGGUGUUAAGUUUAGCUUUUGCAAAGUCUUGAAUUAAAUUCAUCCCUUCUGAGUUACCACAAAGUUGAUAAAAUGUAAGUUUUGUACAAAAACUUUUGAACGUAGUUGAAUUGUGUAUAAUCGUAAUGAAGUCUCGUUUUAUCAAAAUGGUAGAAAUGUAAGGAAAGACAUAAAGUUUUAUUGAACCC